GGCUAGUAUUCUUUGGCAAAGCUUCUAAUGUGUCCUUAAUAGCUUGGCUUUCACUCCUCCCAUUCUUCAUUCUCAUACCUGCUUCAGAUGCAUUUAAACACCUGAUCAGCUGUUAAUAUUCUCUCAGAGACACUUAGAGAGAGAACACGAUGGCUUCCAUGGGGAUGCAGAUGGCUGGCUGUGCCAUGGCCCUUUUUGGAUGGAUUGGGGUGAUCAUUGUCUGCGGUGCACCCAUGUGGCGGGUCACUGCCUUUAUUGGCAACAACAUAGUGACAUCCCAGGUCAUAUGGGAGGGCAUCUGGAUGAGCUGCGUGGUCCAGAGUACAGGCCAGAUGCAGUGUAAGGUGUAUGACUCCAUGCUGGCUCUGGGCACUGACCUCCAGGGGGCCCGGGCUCUGGUCGUGGUUUCCAUUGUCACAGGCAUCGCGGGACUCCUCAUCGCUUUUGCUGGUGGAAAGUGCACCAACUUCAUUCCUGAGGAGAGGGCCAAGGCUAGGGCAUCAGUGGCAGCAGGUGUUGUGCUGAUCAUCAGUGGAAUCCUGUGCCUCAUCCCCGUUUCCUGGACUGCCAGUGUUAUCAUAAGGGACUUCUACAACCCUCUGCUAGUAGAUGCCCAGAAAAGAGAGCUCGGGGCCUCUCUUUACAUCGGCUGGGGGGCUAGCGCACUGUUGCUCUUGGGAGGAGGGCUUCUGUGUGCCAGCUGCCCCCCCAAAGAGGAUGAGAGCCCUUCUGUGAAGUACCUCAUAAACAAGUCUGGAGGAAAUAGCAAAGUGGAUUCAGUCCACUCUUUUACAUCACCAAAGACGUAUAUUUGAGAUUUCUAAAGGGACAAAGAGAAGUCUGGUCGAUGGCUGCUUGAAGUUUGGAAUUUAAUUAGCUGCUGUGAAAUAUCAAGACAAAGGACAUAAGUACAGACAACCCACAAUGAAGGAAAUAUGAACUUUGUCCUUGUAAGAGAAUCACACUUUGGAUGUAUGAAGAUGCUCUGUCUGAGAUUCGUUUGAAUAUUUCUUGGUAAUGAACAUGUAUGUGGGGGUGGUUUAAAUGAUAGAAACGUUGUUUUACAUGUUUCGGAAAGUGGUUGGUUUCAGUUGAAAACUACAACAUUUUGUAAUUGCACUGUGCAUCUUUUUGCUCUUUAAUAUUUGUGAUACUAUUUUUUCCACAAUAAAUGACCU